ACUUUGGAAUCGAACCUUCCCAAUCUCCAAUCUACAAUCUACAGCCUCCUCGGGUUCCUCCCUCUUCCACCCCCAUCACCUUCCCGCAGAACAGAGGAGAGAUCAUCACCACCACUGCUCAAAUCACUGCAUCGCUCGCAAACACCAUCGGCCAGCCAUCGCCUCCGACCAACCCCGCCCAACAACCACAAGAACAAGCACCGCAGCAUCCACAACAACAAUGGCGCAAAAACUCCACCUCACCCUCACCACCACCCUAACCCUCCUCGACCAAUUUCAAACCGCCAUCGCGACGGCCACCACCACCACCACCACCGAAACCACCACCACCGAAACCACCACCACCGAAACCACCACCACCGAAACAAUCACCACCAAAGACGCCCUCCCCCUCCUCUCCGCCUCCUCCCUGUCCCUCAAAUCCCAAAUCACGAAACUCUCGCUCGUCUCCAUCACGGCCCCAUUCACACCCACCGCCGCCGUCCCGAUCCUCACCGCGCUCAACGAAUCCGUCCUCCCCUCGCUCGUGACCGCCGCCCUCCUCAUCACCGCGACGGACCACACGCAAGCCUUCCAGACCGAGGCGCACGCGCUCACCAAGCUCGCGCUGACGGAGCUGUCCGUGCUGUUGCACGAGGUGCAGGGCAUCGCGACGAGGAGGGAUGGCCCCACCGCAAACAAAAAGAAAGAGCUCGCGCAGCCGGACAAGGACGCCGUGACGCUGGCGGCGGCGCGGGCGUGGGAGUCGUGCGACGCGCUGGUGGAUCUCGCGGCCAAGGGGGUGGUGGGGUUCGUGGUGCGGCGGGUGGAGCAGUGGCGGGAUCUGGUGCGGGAUGCCGUCGGGGAGAUCGAGGAGUGGGAUCCUGACGAGGAGGGGGAUGAGUUCUUCGACGAGUUGUUGAGCGAUGAUGAUGGUGAUGCUGACACACAAAAUAAAAAGGGGGAGGAUGAGGAGGAUGACGAUGAUGAGGAAGAGUCGAAGGCGCUGCAUGCGCAGAAGAAAUCUACGCUGCGCGUGCUGAAACCCAUCGCGCAGGUGUAUCCGGCGAUCGUGACGCACCGCCUCAAAAGGACGGCGGAUGCGGUGGCGGAGGUGCGUAGGUUGGAGGCGUUGAUGGAGAAUCUCCAGGUCAUUCCGGAGCUGGUGGAUGAGAUUGCCGGGGCGCUGUAUGAGGCCGACCCGGACAGGUCGGGCCGGUUCUUGGGGCAGACUAAGGACCGGGCUGUCAAGGCGUUAGAGGUGGUCAAAUUGCCCUGGCAGCAGGGGACGACGGGCGAGGAGAAGGAAGACAAGUUCACUACUUGGGUGACCACGUGGUUGAAGGUCAUGGAUGAGCUGAGCAAGUCUGUCUUUGGCUCGGCGUGAUUUGGGUGAUCGAGAGGCCACUGCACCGUGACUCUGUUGGAGUGCAUAUACCUCCGUAUGUUGAAUAUAGAAUUUUCCAUAUAUCCCCUGUCUACAGCCAGUUUCCGGUGUCUGGGAUUAGUCCGUAGUGCAGUGCUAAUCGAGGACCUUUGAGAUGGAAACAAGGACAAGCACACAAAAUGCAUUAAUAAUUC